UGUCACCGAACAGCUGCCGCCUCUGUCUCGCAUGGAGGUGCGCGAUCCAGCCGCUGGAAGCCGCAGCCUUGGGGAUGUCUGACAGCCGCGAAAGCGAUGGCGACCUGCCGGUGGAGGGUGACUACGAGAGUUUGCCCCCGACCGCGUCGUUCGCGACGCACAUGGCAGCCGGCGCCGUGGCCGGAAUCCUGGAGCACACGGUCAUGUACCCCGUGGACUCCGUCAAGACGCGCAUGCAGAGUCUGCAGCCGGACCCCAGGGCGCAGUACCGCAGUGUUUACGAGGCUCUGAGCCGGAUCAUCCGCACAGAGGGGCUCCUGCGGCCCCUCAGGGGCCUGAACGUCACCCUGCUGGGGGCCGGCCCCGCCCACGCCCUCUACUUCGCCUGCUACGAGAAGCUGAAGCACAGACUCAGCCAGCUGCUUCAGAGCCGGGGCAACAGCCACAUCGCUAAUGGGAUGGCAGGGGGCGUGGCCACCAUUUUGCAUGAUGCAGUGAUGAACCCAGCUGAAGUGGUGAAGCAGCGGAUGCAGGUGUAUAACUCGCCAUACCGAGGCCUGUGGGACUGCGUGCGGAGGGUGUGCCGUGCCGAGGGCUUGGUCGCCUUUUACCGCAGCUACGGCACACAGCUGGUGAUGAACGUGCCCUUCCAGGCCGUCCACUUCGUCACCUACGAACUGAUCCAGGAACAGCUGAACCCGGGCCGGCAAUACCGUCCGGACAGGCACGUGCUGGCGGGGGCGGCAGCGGGGGCGGUGUCAGCGGGCAUCACCACCCCACUGGACGUGUGCAAAACGCUGCUGAACACGCAGGAGGGUGUGGCCGGGCGGAGCCUGUCGGGCAUGGCCGACGCCGCCAGGGCCGUGUACCGCCUCGGGGGGGCGCCAGCGUUCUUCAGGGGCACGUGGCCCCGCAUCCUCUACCAGAUGCCCUCCACUGCCAUCGCCUGGGGCGUGUACGAGUUCUUCAAACACAACCUGAGCAAGGGGGGCAGGGCCAGGGCUUGGGAGAGGGUGGGGUCAGCACAGGGGAAUGGGUGGAGCUGACACGUGGAGGGGCGGGCCCAGGGCUGGGGAGGAGGUGGGGUCAGCACAGGG